UUCGAAAUGGUAUUUUUAGAGAAGUGAGUCGCUGGCCGCAAGCGGCGACGGUAGUCAAGCGUCGCCGUUGACCCUAAGUAAAUCGUGCCCUGCGAACAUCCGUCGAUUCGGAUGACCACCGUCGACAAUUUAUCGGCUCGUUCGAAGGCUGGGCGAUCAAACUGUCCGAAAAGACGAAUUUCACGGGGAAAUUAGUAGUUGAAGUGGAGUAAGUACAGUAUGGGUGCGGCUGGCAGUAGUAACGUCGCGCCUCCUCCAUCGGCACCUUUGAGACCGCGGAGCGAGGAAACAUUUAUCUACGGGACAGAGGAAUCCUGCUGUCCGGAAUACACGAACGAAAAUAUACGACAAAGGACGAGGGCCAGCGCGUUCGACGUGGGUGAAGAACCUCGAUCGCAGGGUCCGAGUCCUUACGCGACCUUCAGGGACGAAGAAUGCUGGAGUCAGAGACCAUCGGUGCCGAGUUUGUCGAAUUUGCCACCGUCUCGUCGGCAGACUUUGUUGACGUACGCGGCGCAGAUGACAGAUUGGCAGACAGCCGAGGGGCACAGCCCUUCGUUCUCUCAUCAACACCAAGAAGCCAUGGAGCUUUCGAGAGCGAUCACGCAGCUCGCCGUGGCCAACCAGCAGCUAGCUUCGGCUCACACGGCCACCCUGGCGCACCUGGAGGAGCUGUACAUCGAGCUCAGGAAGGAGAGACAGCUGAAGAAACGAGAUGCUUCGUCGGACGAGGCUCGGAGGAGAAGACUGACGAUCGAGCAGGACCUGGACGACGAGGAGCCGAGGGACGAGAAGCUCCGAUCGAAAAUUGAGAGAUUGGAGCAGCUGGCGAAGAACUCUCCCGACAGAGUUCUAAACGACGUACCUGAACGGGAAUCGAAAAGUCGGCUGGAAACGACGAACGACGAGGCUUGGAGAACGUCCGUUCGCCGAGUACAUACAGCGAGCGACGAGACGGUGAAUUUGCAUUUAGAAAAGUCUGACAGGGUGAAAUCUAGGAUCGAGGACGAGCCAGACAGGACGAAAAGCACCGGUAACCAGGAGGUAAUCACGUUGUCGGAGGAAAUUGAGAGAUUAAAGGCUGAACGAUCAGAGAUUCGAUACGCGAACGAAAGACUGACCAGCGAGCUGGCGGAGCAGAAGGCCACGGUGCAGAACCUCACGGAAAGCUACGAGGCAUCGAAGGCGCGUCACGAGGAAGUGGAAUCGAGUCUGCAGGAGCGUAAACGAGAGUACGACGAGCUCUCGAGGAAGCUCGACGUCGCCACGCAGGAGACCGACAGGCUGUUGAAGGAAAUCGACGCCUUCAACGCGCAGAAAGACACCGCCGAAGCCAGGAUCGUCAGUCUGGAGCAGGAUCUACAAAUGUCGUUGCUGGAAAAGGAGCAAAUUAAGAGCAUAGAGAAUCAGAAAACUUUGAAAUUGAAGGCGCAGUUGUCCGAGGAGGUCUCGGACAAGAAGAAACAAAUAAAAGCUCUCGAGGAAGCUUUGGACGAGAUUCAAAGACUGAAGGAGACUAUCAAGACUGAAAGGAAAAACGACGACGACGACGAAGACGUUGACGAUCCAGAAGGCAGCCUAGCGACCGAUCGCACGACCAACAUAGAGGACUUUAAAAAGGAAUUGACUCUGAAGAGGGAGGCCAGACAACGAGCAAUCACGGCCGUUUCGUCGGAAAUGGAGCGACUCAGGCGCGAACUGGACGCAGAGAAGGAGGCCCACUCGGAAACAUCGAGGGUGUUGGAUCUCGUGAGAUCCGCUCAGAACGAUCCUCGUGCUCAACAGGAAACCGGCGAAGCGGAUGGAAACUUAACGAGAACUAGAACGAAGGAUUCGAAGCCGGACGAACACGAACUGGAAACGAAACGCGUGGAAGCCCAACGUUUGACCAGCGUCUUAAAGGUCUCGGACGAACUUAGGAACGACAUCCGCUUCCAAAUGGAGAAACUGGACAACUUGCGUUAUCACCUGGAAACCGAGCCGGAUCAGCAUCGCUAUCGCAUUAGAUGUUUGGCGGAGGUUACGAAUAAGACGCGGGAAUCAGUUUACGCGAGGGAACGUCGUGCCAACGAGCUCAAGGACCAUCUAGCGCAGAUUCUGGUCCGAUUGGGGGACAGAAGUUUCCUGGAUUUGAAGGACGACGUAGCUCUGGAGUGCGAACGUCAGCUGGAGAACAUCAAUAGCCUGAAGAGUCUCUACAACGAGAGGCUGAAAGUGCUGACCGAGUUGAAAGACGCGGCGAUCAGGGAACUCGUGGACGUGAAAGAGAGAUUGGAUCAUACCUUGGAAAAGUCCGAGUGCUUGGAGGAGGACCUGAAAAAGGCUGACGAGAAGAUCGAUGUCCAAGAUACCGAGAUAUCGAAUUUGGAGUCGCAGCUGGGACUUACCAAGGCGGACUGCAGGGAUCUUCAGAAUCAAAUGUCGCUCAUCAAUGGAUUGUUCACCCAGAUGCUGCUGGGUGCUUCCUCCGCCGACAUGGACCUCGAUCGACUGACUCAGCUGCUCCAGGAGAAUCACGAUCUAAUAAGUGACAUAGCGAGAGAAGAGAGCACCGAAGCUGCAGCCCUCCCGAAACUUCUUCUCGACUUGGUGGAGCAGGUCGAGGGUAGCAAAGGUACUCAGAAACGUGCUGACGGGGAGAACAGCGGCGAAACCGACGUCGAGGCGGAGAAAAAGGAGGACGAUCUGCAACAAGAAGACAUAGCUCAUAAUCUGCCCAAGGUGUGGCGCGUUCUCUUGGAAUUAUUGAGCUGCCACGCGGAGGGCAGCCCGUCCGCUGCAGCAGCAUCAGCUGCGGAUCCAAACAGUUGUUACAAAUCCGUGGACACUCCGGCCGGUCCAAGGCUCGUAAUAUCCGUCAGUAAAACGUACAUUCGUCUGAAGGAGCUGAUCCUGGAAAAGAAACACUUGGAGAAGGAGAUGAACCGGAUGAAACAGCUGAACACUCACUUGGAGAGCAAGCUCGGCGAACAGGAAAAGAGGCUGUCGGCUGUGUCGGCGGAGCUGAGCAAAACUUGGACCAUCGUGGAUCGGAUGCAGGCUCAACACCAGCAACUGCACACCCACGAGAAGAUCCUGCGAUACGAGCUGCAGGAGAAACGGAAGAUGCUUCAGGAGCUGAAGCAGGAGUUGGAAUACUGUCGCGAGAAGUGGGAGUCGGCCAGGCAGAAGAACACCAACACCGAGUUGGAAUGGAGAUGCUUGCGACGAGAGUUUGCCGCGAGGAAAGCUCUGGCUGUUCACGAUUCCUUCAACAACAGCGCCGAGAGUGGAUUCAGCGACGAGCGAGGAGACGACACGGACGAAGAGGACGACGCGGUCGAAGGAAGGCUCAGACUAGGCCCACGCAGGAAACCGCGAAAGGAGAGCCCCCGAGCACCAUCGCCGGAUACGGAAUCGGAACAACCGACCGACACCGAGCUGUCGGAGCCGAAAACAGGUUCCUCGGCGACGCUGGAGCAACGAACGUCCACCCCGGAAACGGAAACUGAACUGGACGAGACCGAAGCCUCGAACGAGACGUUGAACGUGGUAUCCGUAAUCGCGACAGAAGCACCGCAAUCGGUGUCGGAAGGUUCGCAAGAAUCGCUCGAUCCCCUGGAUCAAGCUCUGACGAACGUGAUCCAAAACCUUAUAGCGAUCAACGAACCAGGUUCAACGACCUUCGCGAGUCCGAUCGUACAAGUGGACGUCGCAGAGAACGUAGCAAACGAUGACUCGUCGUUCUUAGAAAGUUUCCAUACGAUAGAUUCGAAUCUCGAAUGCAACGAAGCACCGUGCGACGGGGACCCAUUAAUAACAAACGAUUCUAUAGUGCCUGAGAUCUCCGUACAAGACUUCGACCUGCCAUCGGGCAUAAAUGAAAACUGUCAGAAAACCACGGAUCCGGAGGGUGAGAAAACAAACAUCGAAAAAUCCACCAAUUUGACCGAGUCUCACGCACCUACCGUAACUAGCAUAGUCAGCACGCUGCCUGUUUUCUCUAUCGGGCCCUUUCCUAUGCCCGUUGUGACGCCCACGAUCGUGAAAAACGUCCAGUUUACCGACACCACGAUCGAUGGCCCGUCUAAUCGAUGUUUUGCUCCAGUUUUCGGCGCGCCGCUCACGGAAGAACGUUUCGAAUCGAACGCGAGUCAAGAAACGGAAUCGAGAGGUCUCGAGAAACGCGGCACCAGGUCGACGGAAGGCGUCGUCGACUCUGACAGCGUCUCCAUCGACUCGUCCUCGAGCUUGGAAACGGUCAAAGAGUUCUCCGCGUCGUCCCUAGGUGAGACUGGAAAGACGGAGAGCUCGGAAGUGGGAUCCUCCAAACAAGAAGAGAACAAAGUCAAGACUAGAACGCCGGAAGAGGCUUUGGCCGCUAGGGAAGACAGAUUGAGGAGACUGGAGGAACAAGCCAAGUGGCUGAUGAACAAAAUGAACGCGACCAGCAGAAGGGGCUCCGUGCUUAGCACUAGACUCGAGGAACUUCACGAGGCCUAUGGAGAACCGCCGGUACCCCCUCCCAUGCCAGACGUUCUACCUAGUCGGAGAUUGCAGACGAAUUUAACGGAUCUACCUCGCCAGGUACCUGAAUCACCGGUCGCCGAAGGUACCGAAAAUUCCAAUACACCCGUCUCGAGCGGCGGCUGCAACGAAUCAUCGCCGGAUAAUGCACCUUGAAAUGCCCACGAGUUUCGUUGUACGAAGAAAACAUUGCUCGACGUUUAUUUUCGUCGAAGGCGGAAACAUGUGUAUAUCGGACGCUGACCGUGCAUUGGCGCAUCAAAUGUGUCGACUCUUGUUAUAAACAUUAUAUAAUCGCGACGAGUGAAAAUAUUUGGACUCGUCGUCGAAAAUCAUUAAUCGAAACGGUAACGAAUCUUUACCUUUCUUUUUUUUUUUAAUCGAUUGAACCGUUGUUUUCGUUUAUCGAACUAUUUUAUUUGAUGUGCUUCGUUUCGUAAUUGUAAGAAAGACUAUGCAAACCGUUUCGUCGAUUCAACGCCCCGAACUUUUUACUAAACACUUUUUAUGAUAUUUUUAAUAUCGAUGUGCUAUCGUAUUUGUAUCGGUGUAAGCAAUUUCUUAUUGUUCCUAACUGCGGAAGUAAAUGUGAUCGACUCACGAAUCCGUUCCGGUUUUGUACCUUCUACGAUUGUACCUACUAAUUUUGCUGUAUAAAUAAAGAAUCAGUACAGGAUACGUAGAUCUCGUUAGAAAUUGGAAAUGGUGCGGAUAAAAGCGAAUACCGACGGGAGUAUUUGUGUUGAUGGGAUCGAUAUGAUUUAUUUUAAAAUAAUUAACAGUUCUCAGGAUGUAAAACUUUCUCGCCACGCGUCUUCCCGCCCACACACUCGUAUGCGCAGUGAGUUUACUAUCACUAUAUGUAUAUCAUAGAUAUGUAUACUAUUCACAAGACUCCUCGGACUUCGUUACCGUGGACUGAUCCGUGGAUGAACAAAGUCGUUUGUGUAACAAAAACAGCUAUAGGUACGCUAAGUUCUCGACUCCCCCUGCACGCUCAUCAUCGUCCAACGACGAUUUCGAAAGGCACUCGACGAAUAUUUAGAAAAAAAAAGAGACUCUUGGAUCGCUUUUCGACCGGUUAAACCGAACGAAUCACGCAAGUUUGCAACUAUCUUACGUUUUUUUUCGUAAAGAUUCGUAUUAAAGAUACUCGAUUCUACGAACACACACGCACGCUAAGCACCCUCGCAAAAUGAUUCUCUAACUUUACCAUGCACGCUGUCCGUAACUCCUAAUUAUUUAUUA